GACGUUGAAGUCCCUCAAUUACGGGAUACACAUGGACCCACCGCCACCGAAGCCAGACGCCGGUCCCCAGCCGCCUCCGGCAGUUCAUCAGAGCGACGCCGAUGAGGAAGACGAGAGCGUGAGGCAGCUCAACGAGUGCGCUUCUCUCUACCUAUCUUUACAGGACUGUCUUGUCAAAUCCAACAGAAAUUGGAAAUCUUGCCAGAUGGAAGUUCAAGCCUUGAAGGAAUGCAAUGAAAGGAGGAAGAAUGACAGGAGAAAGUGAGGAUUUUUAGCAAUCUAAAAAUUGUGAUUCUCUGUUUUUCUUUUUUCUUUUUUAAUUUGCCGAAAAAAGAAGUGAUUCUCUGUUCUUGGUUUGUUUUUGCCUAUUUGUUGAAUGAGCUGAGGAAGAUAAUAACUUUCAUCUUGUCAAGAAUUGUUUAACAAAGUUAUGUACUGAUUCUUAUUUGGACCCGUAAUUUUAUCGAGCCUUACUUGGACUCGUAAUGUUAUUAGUGAAU